AUGUCUUACAAUUUACUACCAAAUGGAAUGGUUCCACAACAACAACAUUUAUCGUCUUCCUCGCAACAACCUCCGCCUCUCUCAAGUAUCGCACAUAAUCCUUCACUGAUGCCCCCUCAACGAUCAUCGUAUCAUGGAUAUCCACCACCACCUCUCUCCUCGGAAAGCUCGGCUCAUCUUCCUUCUCACCAUAGUGGAUUUUCCAUUCCACCAAAUGCCAGCUACAACAACGGCAGCGGCAUUCAUUCUCUUCCUCCCACAACAACUACUGUCUCUCAUCAUUCAUCCACACUAGCUCCUCCUGUAUCAUACUAUCGUCAACAUCAUCAGCAUGUUCAUCCUUCCUCUCAUACAGGCAACAUAUUCGGAACUCAUCCUCCUCAACCAGGUUACUCCUCUUCGCAUCCUCCUCAUCCUGCAGGAGCCCAAUAUUCGACUCACCCUUCUUCAAUGAUUCCACAAAAUCCACACAGCAUGAUACCAACUAGAUCUUCACCGCAAUCCUCCUCUUCACCAACCUCAGCAGAGGAGGAACGACAAAAUAACAACAGAUAUCCAACACAUCCAUAUUCUCCAUGGUAUGCAAAUACGAGUGCACAUCACGGACAUCCUCCACCACCAAUGUACACAUCUCACCCUCACUCCUUUAAUCCUCAUUCUGCUUCGUCCAAUUUAUUGGAGAAUGGUGGCUCCAUGAUUCCACCUUCUUCACAACAACAGCAUCAUCAUCUUUUCAAGCCACAUCCAGGUCACAUGGGAGGAAAUGGUGUUAUGAAAUACGGUGCAAGCAUUAGUGAUCCAAGUGGCAGACCCUUUACAGAUUACCAACAGAUUGUACAUAGUAAUAGCAAUAUAAUGCAGACUUCAUCCACAGGCGUUGAUCCCUAUCAUUCAACCACAAUUCCUCAACCAGCAAUGCAUGUUUGGAAAAAGCUCAUAUUUGAAAUGGUACAAAACUCUGGAUCAAAGAAGCCAAAGAAUGAAUUACCUUUAGCUCGAAUUAAAAAGAUUAUGAAAUCGGAUGAAGAGGUUCGAACCAAGACCAUGAUCAGUGCUGAGGCACCGGUGUUAUUUGCUAAGGCGUGUGAAAUGUUCAUUAUCGAGCUCACUCUUCAUGCAUGGGUUCACACAGAAGAGGCCAAAAGAAGAACCCUUCAAAGAAAUGAUAUUGCUGCUGCCAUUGGAAAAACUGACGUUUUUGAUUUCCUUAUUGACAUUGUUCCACGAGAGACUGAAAAGGUGCAGCACACCUCUCACAAAGCAAAUGACGACCCCUAUACUCACUCGGUAUCAGCCUCAGAAAUUGCACGUCAUGCUGCCACAACUAACACCUCAGGAGGAAAAUCUACAAUUGAAACCAAUGCUGAAGAUGAAAUAUCCACCGAAUCAGAUGACGAUGAAGACGAAGAUUUCGGUGUACAUAUGCUCAUUGACACUCAGUCAACUAAGGAAGAUGCUCCCUCAACUCAAUCUCAUCUCGCGAAUAUUCCGUCAAUAAGUGCCCCAAGUGGCCACAAUCAUGCCAGCAAACCAAUGACUGACAACACAGCACUGCAACCACAGCACGUGUCAGCCCUUUUGCAACCUUCCCUGAUACCAUCCACUAACAGUAAUACCAGUCACAAUUUCAAUCCAUCGGUCAUGAUCAGUACAGGCAGUUGUUUUUCACUUGCUUCCUCUUCCUCAUCAACAACAACUGCAAACAGUGUGCUUGGUGGUGGCAGCCGUAGCAACAACACAAACGAAAGCAACAAUAGUUCUGUGAGGUCCCCUGGUACACACCAACAACAUAUGAAUGAGAGCACAAGCAAUAGCACAAGUGAACAUCAAGACGAACGUGAACAUGGCAACAUUGGAAGUCGUUGUUUACCGAGUAUGGAUUCCAUGGUUUCUUUUUCAUCGGUUGAGAGCACGAAUGAGUCGUCCGCCUCCCAUUCGAAUCAGCCUCAUGCCCAGGUGACAUCAGGAAGCAAUGUCGGAACCGAAGAAAGCAGUCAUCAUCACGAAGAGGAACAACAAACAAAAUCAACAAUCCAACCCACUACCAACAAUCAUCCAUCUAUUGAAUCCUACUCAUUCCCCAUGUUUCAAUAA